UCUGGUUUACGCGUUUCUUUUGCGCCCACGUGGACGGAGUGAUGUAAUCGGUUCAUCAGCUUUCACGACGUGUUUGUCAUAAGCAGUGUUACAGUGCAUCGGGAUCACGAGAAUCCUACAGCAUCAACAGCCAUGUGUGGAUACAGUGGCCCGCCGCCAAUUGCACGUACGAGGUGCAGGGCCCUCCAGAUGCUGCUCCUGUUACUGCUAGCCGUGGCUGCACCUGCUGCUGCGGCACCCGUGACGUCAGCAGAGGAACCCACAAGCACCAGCACCGAGGCGACCACGGUAGGCGCUGGCGACCGGCUGCUCGAGUCUCUUACCCAGAAAGAGCGAGUGGCUUUGAUGGCGUACGAGCUGGCGGCAGCGCUGCAGCGGCUGGCGGAGCAGGAGGCGGAGGUCGGUGACGUCACAGAAGAGGCGACGGCGCGCAUCGUGACGCGGCAGGGGGACGCCUCCGACUACAGCGACACGGAGAGCGGCGAGGAGACGCCCGCCACCACGCCGCUGCACCGCGCGCUCGCGCUCCAGCCCUACAGCGCCACCGCCAGCGUCGCUAAGAGCAUUUCGUUGUCGAAGACAUUUCAGUCCAUCCUAAACCGCUGGGUGCAAGCGAGGUCAAACGUUACCUACUACAAAGUCGUGAAAGUCAAUGCCAAGAUAACCAUCUGCUUUCCUUUCAACGUUUGCUUCGAAAUACAGGAUCCUUGGGGCCUAUGCUGUCCCUUCUGAACCACAGAAACACAGUUUAUGAAGCUUUUUUAUUAGUGAUAUCUGUGUUACCUGGUAGCAUGUAGAACACAGGACACAGAUACAUGUGAAACGAUUUCGAGCCUACAUAAAAAGUUUUCAUAAAGUUGUCAUCACAUAGACAACAACUGUGUUCAUAUAUGAGAAGACACUGAGAAUAUUUGUGCUGAUAUUUUUGGUUGUGGUAGUUCAUACUUUUUUAUGCUGUAGUACUAAUUGCAAGAGUUGUAGUA